GCGCGGCGGCUGCGAAGCUCGGGCUCACACGCACGCCGCCUCUGUUUGUACACAGUGCGCUCCCGGCCGGAGGCUGGCUCCCCGCUAGCUCACGCUUCAUUGUUCUCCCAAGUCAGAAGCCCCGCAGCUGCGGCGGCGAGCGCUGAGCGGGCCGAGCGCACCGUUUGCCCGUCCACCCGCGCGGGUGACCCGGGGCCGCCGCGGGAACCCGCGCCCCGCCCCGCCCCGCCCGCAGCGCCUCAGUCGGGACCCACCCGCAGCGGAGGCUGAGCCCGCCAGCGGCUCUUCGGAGCUCGCCCACCUCUUGGCGCCGGAGCGCAGGCAAAAGGGGAAGAGAGGUUCCUCUCUUUGGUCGCCACUCUUUCUCGUCCUCUUCAAGAAUUUGUUUAAGGUAGUGCUGCGGGCAGAAGACGUCUUCUUGAAUUCUUUGCCAGGGGCGGGGUCUGCCGCUGCCCUGCGGUGCCACCUCAGCGACACUGCCCUCCGUUACGACCCCUGACCAGCCGGGGUCACGUCCGGGAGACAGAAUGAUGAAGCGCUCUGUGGCCGCCUGGCUCUUGAUCGGGCUCAGCCUCAGUGUCCCCCAGUUCUGCAAAGGUGAUAUUUGUGAUCCCAAUCCAUGUGAAAAUGGCGGUGUUUGUUUGCCAGGAUUGUCUGACAAUUCCUUUUCCUGUGAGUGUCCAGAUGGCUUCACAGAUCCCAACUGUUCUAGUGUUGUGGAGGUUGCAUCAGAUGAAGAAGAGCCAACGUCAGCAGGUCCCUGCAUUCCUAACCCAUGCCAUAAUGGAGGAACCUGCGAAAUCAGUGAGGCUUACCGAGGGGACACGUUCAUAGGUUAUGUUUGUAAAUGUCCUCGAGGAUUUAAUGGGAUUCACUGUCAGCACAACAUAAAUGAAUGUGAAGCAGAGCCAUGCAAAAAUGGUGGAAUAUGUACAGACCUUGUUGCUAACUAUUCCUGUGAGUGCCCAGGUGAAUUCAUGGGAAGAAAUUGUCAAUACAAAUGCUCAGGCCCAUUGGGAAUCGAAGGUGGAAUCAUAUCAAAUCAGCAAAUCACAGCUUCCUCUACCCACCGAGCUCUUUUUGGACUCCAGAAAUGGUAUCCCUACUAUGCACGUCUCAAUAAGAAGGGGCUUAUAAAUGCAUGGACAGCUGCAGAAAAUGACAGAUGGCCAUGGAUUCAGAUAAAUUUACAAAGAAAAAUGAGAGUUACUGGUGUUAUUACCCAAGGAGCCAAGAGGAUUGGAAGUCCAGAGUAUAUAAAAUCCUACAAAAUUGCCUAUAGUAAUGAUGGAAAAACUUGGGCGAUGUACAAAGUAAAAGGCACUAAUGAAGAUAUGGUGUUUCGUGGAAAUGUUGAUAACAACACACCCUAUGCUAACUCUUUCACACCUCCCAUAAAAGCUCAGUAUGUAAGACUCUAUCCCCAAGUUUGUCGAAGACAUUGCACUUUGAGAAUGGAACUUCUUGGAUGUGAACUAUCCGGCUGUUCAGAGCCUCUGGGGAUGAAAUCAGGACACAUACAAGACUAUCAGAUCACCGCCUCCAGCAUCUUCAGGACUCUCAACAUGGACAUGUUCACCUGGGAACCAAGGAAAGCUCGGCUGGACAAACAGGGCAAAGUGAAUGCCUGGACCUCUGGCCACAAUGACCAGUCGCAAUGGUUACAGGUGGACCUUCUGGUCCCUACCAAAGUAACUGGCAUCAUUACACAAGGAGCUAAAGAUUUUGGUCAUGUACAGUUCGUAGGUUCUUACAAACUAGCAUACAGCAAUGAUGGAGAACACUGGACUGUAUACCAAGAUGAAAAGCAAAGAAAAGAUAAGGUUUUCCAGGGCAAUUUUGACAAUGAUACGCACAGGAAAAAUGUCAUCGACCCUCCCAUCUAUGCACGGCACAUAAGAAUCCUUCCUUGGUCCUGGUAUGGAAGGAUCACACUGCGGUCGGAGCUGCUGGGCUGCACAGAGGAGGAGUGAGGAGACUCCAUACCCCACAACUCUCCUCUCUAUCUCCCUAAAAGUAUCUCCACGGAAUGAACUGUGCAAAAUCUGUAGGAAACUGAAUGGUAUUUUUCAUGAAAAAGUGCUUAAAUUAUGGUAGGCCACUGUCUUUAAGGAGGUCUAAGCUUACCUUUUCAAUGGUUUAAUUUGAUUUUUAUUGUUUAAAUUUCUUAAGCAACAUCACAUUAACUUGUGAAUUACUUUUGUCAUUGUCUUUUGAAUUAUUCACAAUGGUUGAAAUAUAUUAAGGAAAGAAAGUAGCACUCUUUUGAUAGCAAGGGUAAAAAAAAUCUCAUAGUUAUCAAGUAGAAGCAAGAGUUGAUAGAACUUUUAUAAUCAAUACUCAACUAAUUCUUAUAAAAGGAAUACCGCAAUGUUAGCAAUAAGUUUUUUUUUCUUCUGUAAUGACUCUUCAUUAUCAUAAUUGUUUCCCUGUGCCUACCAAACACUGUCAGUGCUUAGAACAGAAUUUUAAAGAAUUUGUAACAGGCAGUACUAAUUGACAUUAUAUUUCUCAUUUUGCUUCCAGUAUUUCUAAUCAAAUAUUAUGUGAUCUUUUUUCCUUUUUGUUCUAUUCAUAUAUAUCUUUAUAUUAUAUAAUGACUGAAUAAGUCCAUAUUUUUUUUGCUAAUUGAGUUUACUCCUAGUAUUUGCCUAAAAGGAGGAUCAUGUUUGUGUAUGUAUACAUAUAUAUGGAACAUGAUUGUGUAUCAGUAGAUUGAUCAUAUUUAAUAUCAGUAUAUUGAAUCUGCAAUUCUAUUUUUGAAGGAAGCUAUAACUAUGUAUUUCCAAAUGCCUUCCUUUACAAAAAGCCGAAUACCACCAUCUUGCAGAAUAAACAAAAACAGAAUUAUAUGAUGUCCCUUUAAACUGGAAUUUUAAACUUUGUUUUCAGCUUAUUUACAUACCCUUAUCUCCACUUUAGGAUAAUGAAUUUUUUUUCUCUAUUUAAGAAAUUUUUUAGCAAACAAAUGUUAGCAUCGUGCUGCAUAGCUUGGCCAAGCAUACUCCUCAUUUGUUUGUUCACCUCUGCAUUUCUUGUGAAACUAACAUUUUAUUGAGACUUGAAUGAAACUGGUAGUGGUUUCCCAGGAAAGCACAUUGUGUAGUUAUUUGUGAAAAGAAAAGUAUUUACUAAUGACCAAUUAGUCCAUCAUUUUAAGAUGAAAAUUGAUUUCUAUUUAUUUUGCUUCGGAGGUCCUGAAAUAAUAAGCAAUUAUCAUAACAAUUUGUUAUUGAUAAUGGAGGUUUCAUUGACAUGUCUCUCAAAUUAAAGCUCACACUGCCUCCAUAAAAGUCCUCAACAUCUAAUUUAUAACCUUUACAAGUAUUUAUUUUAUAAGGCUUAGACAUGGAAUUAUUGGAGUUUUAAAUUAAGGGUCCUGGAAAAGAAAGUAUGGUAUGUGUACGAAAUGUUAAAGUCCUGUGCAACACUGAGAAGUUUUUUUUUCUCCCCUCUAUUAUUUGUGCUGCAUAACAAAAGCCACUAGACUGUUACUGUAUUGUCUGUCCAUGUGUUAAAAGCAUUUCUUAAUGAUGUAUAUAUGGAGUGGUCUUCAAUCAUAGUGAAGAAUUUAAAGGGAAAGUCAAUCAUAAUGGCAUUUUUAAUAGGAGCAAAAUUCGGACUGGCUGGUCACAUACUUAUCCUAUGCCCACGGGCUUUCUACUUCAGGUUCUUAAGAAAUUGUUGAUUUGAAGCUUAUUAAAUGGCAAUCAUUUUUCAGCAUCUUUCACAAACAAAAUUGUUAGGUCCUCAAUAUUACCUUUUUCGGGCAAUUUUAAAAUUAGGAAUUUAAACCUUUUCUAUUCCCUAUAUUUCACCAUCAUAUUAGAAAUCAUUACAUAGUCCCAACAAUAUACACAUACUUACUGUCUAGCCAAUGCCUUUUGUUUCUUUAAGCCUUUACUGUCCCACCAAAUUUCUAACCGUUUUCCUUUGCAGACUAUGCAUAAUCGAUUCUCCAUUCUCAGCAGAGUAUAUUAUGGAAAUUCUGAGUAAUGCUUUGUAACGAUUACUUUCUCAAAAUUAUUCAUUGCCUCUCGUGAUGUUUUGAAUUUUCUUUUAUUGAUAGUUUUUUAAACAAAUAUUUUCAGAGAGUUUGUUAAAAUUAUACUUGUUACCUUUUAGAAACACCUUGAAAUGGCUUUCCCUUGCUUGUGCAUUUUCUCUAUGCUCUCUGGUAUCUUCAGCAACAUGGCAUGGUCAACUGGAUACCUAUUGGUCCCAUGAUAUCCAAAUUUAUGAUCACAAAGGGGUUCCCAGGUGUAGUCAUGUUAAUAAGUACUAUAAAGUAGCAUGUAGCUGUUGUGUCAUUUGUAUCAAUGGCAUCAGUGGGAAACAGAUUUAUUCUAUUUAAAUUCACACUAAAGAAAAUCUUAUAAGCAGAACGCCCAGAAGAAUCACCUUUUCUUCACUAUACGGAGUAACUGUAAUAUGCUAAUUUUAUAAUCUCUGGAAGUAACAUUUUAAACAUCUCCAUUUUAUCUAUGUCCUGUCAAAAGCACUUAUCAUAGGCACUAAUUCUAAUUUCAGGGUUGACUUUCUCUUUCUGAAUGGCUUCAUAAGGAUUGGUGUGAACUUUGAAGACUUAGGGUACUAAUGAUUGUAUCUUUGCUAGUCAACAAAUUAUGAAAUAUAAUACUCACUGCUGGCGUCUCAUGUGUCAGUAAGUACAGAAGUAACUAAGACACAGAUAACCUUUGCAAACCUUAAAGCUGUGUAAUAUUCCAACGUUGUUUUUUUUUUCUUUGUAUAUAUACUUAAAUCAUGUAGGAUGUUGUAAAAUUAGUAUGACCUUGUCUAGUCUUCAAACUUAAAAUAAAACUUUUGAAACUCUGGGGUA